GUCACCAUUAUUCCGUUAAACAUUAUCUUCAAAUUUUUUUAAACGCGUUAGAACUAGAGACCUGACUUGGCCGACAUGGAUGCAUAAUGCAUGCAUCUGAUCUCAGUCCCUCCAUAAAAAUGAACUCUGUUAUUUUAUACAUAAAGAAAAACAUCUGCUCCUUCUACUUGCCUCUUCCUUUGUUUCUUUGAAUAAUAAGCACUUAUAGUUAGUAUAUCAUUGAGCUCAAAAUUCAACCUUAUUUCAAAGAUUUGUAUUAAUUUGUAUUGUGACUUUGUGCGAGGCCUUUAUAGUUGACUUCCCUCGUCAACUUCUUUAGAAGGACAAGUUAAUUCACCAUGGCUCAGGAUGCCUCGUUCUGUCAUGUCUUCUUGAGUUUCCGAGGGGAGACCCGCAACAAGUUCACAUGCUUCUUAUACGAGGGACUGAAAGCAGAAGGAUUUACAGCUUUCAUGGACAGAACUGCCAUACGUGUUGGAGAUGAAGUAGAUUCAACAAUCAAAGAAGGGAUCAGAAACUCUAUGAGCGCCAUAAUUAUAUUCUCUCAAAAUUAUGCCUAUUCUACGUGGUGUCUUGAUGAACUUGUUCUUAUCCUUGAACGCAAAAAGAACUCUAGCAUCGGGGCGAGGCACAAUGACAAGGUGGACAAGUGGAGAGAAGCUCUUGCAGAAGUUGGUAAUAUUCAUGGACAACAUGUAGAAAGGCUGCAGAGCACCUUUAUCCAAAACACUGUGAAAUUGCUUCGAGAGAAAUUGGCUGCCAAGUUCCCAGAAUGCCGCCUUCCUACACUAGAAGGUCCAAGUUCACAAGGCAGUUCUUCGUCAUCAAUGUUGAGACCUAGGCCAUCUAACGACAAGGUGAUUCUUUACACAAUUAGUGUUAAUAAUGGCCUAGGUGCAAAUGGGCUGGUAAAGAAAAUUCUGAUGAGUGGGAAUGUUGUAUUUGUGGAGCGGAAUUGUUCAAAAGAGUCAGAGUAUAUGAGAGAGCUAGAAGAGCUGGUCAGUAAUGACAAGGUAAGGUUCCCUAUGGUGAUUGUGAAUGGGAAGGACUUGUGCGGAGCAGAAGAAGUGGAGGGCAUAGAUGAUUUUGAGAAGAAGAAAAAGCUUAUAUCAGUACUGAAUCAUCUCUAUCUUUCUAAAAAACAAUAGAAAACCUUCAUGACAUGUUUUGGAGGACUUUAACACAUCAAAGUAGUAUUCAGGACCAGUGGAUCAAUCGGAGAUACUGUUAGUGGUUGUGCUACUUCUUUUUCUAUUUCUUUACCAUGUUUUUUUAGAGUUAAGUUUCAUGUAGUCCACAUAUUUGCUGUAGUACCGUAGACCACGUCUGUUCUGCAACUAUACAAUGGCAUAAAAACAUUGCAAAA